AUGCCUCCUUCCACCUCAUCCCCAAGCUCGUCGAGCCUGCGACAUCUCCCCCAGCAGGUCGCCGAUGGGCUCGUCCUUCCCCAUCCAAGUCCCAUGCCUAAGCCGAUUCGUCUAUCCUACAAUGUCUCGACCAGAAAGCUCGCCACUCGCCCCCGUCCUCGCCCGACAGUCGCGUCAAUAGCGGACGUUUUCGUCGGCUCUUUGGUGCUGGCGAGCUUCUGUCAGGAACACUCGCCGCGUUGCCGAGGGCUGUCAACAAUGUGCGUGAAAGCGCCGGAAUAUAAAAUGCGGAGGUUUCGGGGCAAUGAUAUGUCUGGCAGGAUGCAGCUGCCAUCAAAGAAGCGAUUGGAAUACACGAUGUCCGCGGAGAACUUUUCGCCGGCUCGGCGGUUUAUGAGCAACGGAUUGAAGCAUGCAGAUGAACCGCUGACAGAUGAAGAUGGCCGAAAUCACAAAUCGGAGGAGAAAACGGAGCCUGACAGCAAUGGUGCACGUGGUAAUUCGUCAAAAAGCGACGAGUUUGAGGAGCAUCCGUCUUCAAAGGAGUCUUCCCACGAAGACAAAUGGGUUCAACCAGACAAGAAACUCUAUCGCUCUAUUUCGAACCUCUACCGCACCACUUUCAAUUUGGGCCUUGAUUGGAAAGAAGCUGCCGAUAUUGUGGCGUUCCCGCAAAAAUCAAUGCGCACCACGAAGGAUCACUCACACGAUGCCGUCGAGAUUCCAUCUGUUGCGAAGCUUGUCGAAACACUACGGUCCAAUCAACAACCAUCCACCCAAUAUCUUUUUCGACUCUAUAGGAGCAUCCCUGCCCCAGGAGUUGCGCAUCUCUCUAAGAAAUCCCGCGGUGCCCUUCUACGUCGAUUCGCUGCGCCGCGCGAUCGAAGAUGGGUUGAUGCCCGUCGCUUUCUGGCAUUGGUGGAUGACAUGAUCACGGCCGGUCUCCCCAUGUCUCGGACGAUUUGGAGCUCGGCGAUUCACUUUGCUGGCCGGGCAAAAGGCCAAGUCGCCCGGAGAGAUUUGGUGCGCGCAAUUGGCAUUUGGCAGCAGAUGGAGCACGUGGCGGGGAUUCCGGCGGACGAUGUCGUUUUCAACAUCCUAUUUGACAUCGCCAUCAAAGCCGGUCAGUUUACGGUUGCCGAUAGGCUGCAGGAAGAAAUGGUGAAGCGAAACAUCAGCUUCUCUCGCUGCGGCAAGGUUUCAAAAAUAUACUAUUACGGCUUGCGACAUGAUCUCAAUGGCAUUCGAGACCAGUUUGACGAGUUCGUCAGAUCCGGAGAGCUCGUCGACACUGUCGUGCUGAAUUGCCUGACCGCGUCAUUUCUUCGAGCCGGAGAUGUGCAGACGGCGGAACAGUUGUAUGCGCGCAUGCUCGAAGCCUACGAUAGGCAAAGAAACGCGACUCCCAUUCCCGACCAGACAUCUAUCACGAACCCUACGCUGUCGUCAGAAUUCGCGAUCUACCGCGCGAGAACCCGGAGCCUGGGCCGUAUACUGAAGAAGUCUCAGGCCCUCAAGAACCGCCUGCCCGAAUAUCACCGUGCUCUCCAAGACUCGCUUCCGAUGACUCCAGACACACGAACUUUCUAUACUUUCCUUCGAUACUAUGCAUACCACAGUGGCGAGCUCGACAGCUUCAUGGCCGUGUUGCGCGACAUGGAAUAUUUUUAUACUGUUCCGCCCCGUCCCCUAAUUUACCUUCUCCUCUUCGAAGGGUUCUCUCGUUUCGGCCGAAGAAACAAGGCAUGGUCUGCAGAGAAGCUGCGGCUGACUUGGCACACCUAUCUACGGGCACUACGUGACUCCAAGACCAGACAAAACAAGACAUAUACCACUCCUCCAAAGGAGGUCUGGGAAAACCCACUGUCUGGCGAUGGCACGGAAGAAAGUACUCAGGAGGAGACCUCCAGGGCAAAGGCGACGGACGACCUAUAUAUGCCGUUACCGUCGGUAGAUGCGGACGGGAACCUAGUGAUCCACGAGGAGCCUGACAAUACCGCAGUCGACACCACUCAUCGAGACACAGACCCCAGGGCCUCCGAGGAAACCGAGCACGAUGACGACGCCGAUGCCAAAUACGAAGAUUUCGACCUGAACGAGUUUUUCAACGACAACCGCUCUCCUUCUUUGCGCCGAGAGCUGGAAGAAAUGGAAAAAUUCGAAGAAGUCGACUACCGCGUUGAAAACGGCGUCUUCCUCGGCCGGCGCAUGGUCAUUGUGAUUCUGCGCGCAUUUGGCACCUGCUGUGGGCCCAAGGAGGUCCUGGAGGCGUGGUUGCAGCUUGAACGAUUAUGGCAUCCUGAUCGGCGCAAGUUUAAUGAUGUCCUUGCUGUUCGGGAGGAGCUUGAUAAGCAGAUGUCGAGAAAGUAG